AUGGAACCGCUCAUCCGAGCCAUCUCCAGCAGCCCGACCGGCUUCGACCUGCACAGCAAGAAAAUCAGCAUUCUGGCCUACAUGGACGAUCUGGCCCUGGUCGCUAACAGCUCGGAAAGCCUCCAGCAAAUGCUCGACAUCCCCAGCCAAGCCGCAGAAUGGAUGGGCCUGCGUUUCAGCCCCAAAAAGUGUGCCUCCCUCCACGUCGAAGGUGGCACCAGGGCGCUGGUCCGGCCGUCGCAGUUCCUUAUCCAAGGUGAGUCCAUGACCUCCUUCAAAGAGAGAGAGAUAUACCAACACCUUGGCACACCCACAGGAGUCCGCGUACGGCAGACCCCCGAAGACACCAUCGCGGAGAUCCUGAGAGAUGCGGCCCAAAUUGACUCCUCCCUGCUCACCCCCUGGCAAAAGAUCAACGCCCUCAACACCUUCCUGAUCCCCCGUAUCUCCUUUGUCCUCAGGGGAUCGGCCAUGGCCAAGGUGCCCCUGAACAAGGCCGACAGCACCAUCAGACAGCUGGUGAAGAAGUGGCUCCACCUUCCCCAAAGGGCGUGCACGGACAUCAGCUACAUUCCCCACAGGCAGAGCGGCGCCAACGUACCUCGGAUGGCUGACUUGUGCGACGUGGCAGUGAUGACCCACACCUUCCGCCUCCUGACGUGCCCGGACCUGACGGUGAGGAGCAUCGCGCAGGAGGCUGUACGGGGCGUGGUCAGGAAACACAUCGCUGGGGCCCCCUCCGAGCGGGAUGUCGCCACUCUCAGCGGCUCUCUGGAGGCUGAGUUUGGGAGAGAGGGGGGAGACCUGUCCUCUCUCUGGUCUCGAGCGCGCAACGCCUCGAGAUGUCUGAGUAAGAGGAUCGGCUGCUGCUGGAAAUGGUGCAAGGAGCGCCAGGAGCUGGGAAUACUGGUGCCACGCGUAAAGACCCCUAACCACACCAUCGUCACCCCGACCGCCAGAGACAUGCUAGAAAGAUCCCUGAAAGAUGCCAUCCGCUGCCAUUACGCCGAGAACCUGAAGCAGAAGCCAGACCAGGGCAAGAUGUUCGAGGUGUCCAGCAAGUGGGACGCCAGUAACCACUUCCUCCCCGGGGGCAGCUUCACCAGGUUCGCCGUCUGGCGGUUCAUUCACAGGGCCCAACUCAACUGCGUUCCCUUCAAUGAAGCCAUUCGCCACGGCAACCGGGACAAGCGCUGA